UGGAAAUUUGUGCAAUAUUAGUUCAUUUAUUGUUAAAAGUUGCAAUAAAGAAGUUCAUUGUUAAGUUUGUACUCCGUGUCAAAAAGUUUUUUAAAAAAAUUAUAAAGAUGAAAUUCCUUGUAGUGUUUACAGUUUUAGUUUUGGCCGCUUGUAAUAUACGGGCUCAAUUAACCAAAGUGGAAGCAAUUGCCAUUGCCACUGGCUGUAAAGAAGAGACUGGUGCAUCCGAUGCCGAUUUUGAAGCCAUGAUUAAACAUCAACCAGCCGAUACCAAAGAGGGUAAAUGUAUGCGUGCUUGUGCUCUAAAGAAAUUCGGUGUGAUGAGCGAUGAUGGUAAAAUGCUUAAGGAUGCAGCCAUAGAAUUGUCUAAAUCUCUUGUUAAGGAUGAUGACAAAAAGGAGCUUGUUGCUGGGGUUAUAGAAGCUUGUGAGGGCUUAAAAGUCAGUGAUGAUCAUUGCGAAGCUGCUGAAGAAUACGGUAGCUGCUUGAAAAAAGAAUUUGAAUCUAAAGGUAUCUCCUCUACUGAAGAUUUGCUUUAAUACUCAUUCCUUAAGUCUCGUACUUGCUUGACUCAACAACGACUUAAAUCGCUUUUGUUUAAUGGACAUUUCUUUUUUAACUUUAACAAUUUCUGGGAAUUUAAAUUUAUAGUGUCAACGAACUAUAAAUGAAGUUUCAUUAAGUAUUUUUAAUUGUGCGCAUGCUAAAUAAAAUGUGAAUAAAAAAAAACAUAAAAA